AUGUCCGAUUACGGGAGUAAAUCGGCGGAUCAGUUGUCCAUGUACUACGACCCAGCGUCCGUGUUCAUCGAGUCCAGCGGUGACGGACGGUGGACGGAACCCGCGGCCGGCGUCCAAAACAUCGUCGGCCGGCUGGCCGAGCUGAAUUUGACGGGCGACGAAUGGCCGAUGGAAACGUGCCAGCGGACGCAGACCGGCGGAAUGUUGGCCGUUCUGGUGUCCGUCAACGACGGCACUCGGCAAAUACUUGUCGUUGACCAGGUGACCGGCGGCGGCGGCGGCGAUCCGUCGCCACGGACCGUCGUAUUCAAUCACUUUUACUCGGCCGCCGGGGACGGCGGCGCUGCGGUUGACGACGCCGACUACGUAGCGUCGUUCCCGAAACGUUUUGCAAACUGGGCCGCGGAGCUCGACAGCGCCGCGCUCAAGCGGUACCGCACGUCGUUCCGGAUCGGGAUGGCCAUCACACGCAACUACUACGCGUCGCCGGCCAAACGUCCCGUAGACAGUCGGUCCCGGUUGCGCCAGUACGACGCCAAGGCUCGGUUCACGUGUUCGAAAAACGGCAACGGCGGCAGUUGCGUGCACGUCGGCCCUCAGUCCAUCCAGCGGAAAUACGGGCGGCUGUCGCUCGACUACAAGCGCGUGAAGCUCCAAUCCAUCGAAACUUGUUCGUCGACCGUGCCCACGGACGACCGCAAACGCUGGUCGUUCGUGCUCACCGUGGGCACCGCGCCGCAGCUGAUGACAAGCCCCGGCUGCGGGUCUGAUGUCCACAAGUUCGUCCAGUUCUUCGUGAUUGACGACCGGAAACGAAAGAUCCUCAACGAUGUACUCUGUUUCGGAUUUCCGGUGGUCAAAUCCGCCACGACGAGAUCGUCGUCCGAGGUUUAUUCGUCGUCGCCGUCGACGUCCAGAUCCCGGACGACAACGGCGUCCGGGUCCUCGCUGUCCCGAACGCCGUCGCUGUUGUCGUUGUCGUCCUCUUCGUUCGGCGGCCACAAGCUGUCGUCGUCGUCGUCGUCGUCUUCGAUGACGUCCGGCAGCUAUCUCUGUUCGUCCACCACGGACGACUUGUGUUCCGCGUGGGAAGACACCAGCACGCAGACGUCCGACCAAAGGAUCGCGCUCCGGACGCGGCUCGUGGCCCAGACGCUCAUGGGAAAGACCCGGAGCGCCGCCACGACCCAAAAUACCGGCGAACAGAAACCGUGCGUCACGCCCGCCAAGCUCAACCCCCGUCAGUUGUUUAUCGGUUGCGUGCCGUUGCACGUAAAGUACGGCCAGCUCAAGUCGCUGUUCGAACAGUUCGGCGAAGUCACGUACGUCAAGGUGUACGAGGGCUUCAACAAACAGACCGGUGCCAAAAUGCUGCACAACUACGCGUUCCUGUUUUUCAAAGACGAAACGUCCGUGGAAAGGGCCAUUGCCGCGUCGCCCAUUCCGCUCGACGCCAACUGGAACCUCAACGUGUCCCGUCCCCACCAACACUACACCCUCCGGGGAUAA